AUGCGCGGUCUUUCCGAAUGCCUUUGGACGAUGUCACUUUUCCGUGAUGUUGGCUUAUGGCUUAUUGUUCAUAUGAAUUUGGUAACAGGUACUGAGACGGAGGUGCUGCUUGGAGACAAAGAUAUCGAUGCGGCUGUAAAUAGCGUCGUUGUGUUUCCCUGUGAACCUGGUCACAACUGGUAUUCUAGUGGACUACAACUUGAAGAAGAUGACUUUCACACCAUCUUGCAAAAUGGUAGUCUCAGGAUUCGAGUUCGUAUGGAGGAUAUGGAAUAUGUAUACCAGUGUAAGACUGAAGAAACGCUACCAGAUGGGACUUCACGAACCACAAAAUUCAACUACCACAUUAAUCCACUGGAUGCUGCAUUUUUGGCGCGAACAGUGGAAAACGUCACUCUAGAUUGGGGAACAAUUUACACUUUUCCAUGCAGUUUUUCCGGUGCACUCCCUCGAAACGAAUUUAUGAUACUCAAUGGCAAGAUAGUAACAGAAGCAAGACACAACAUCACGGAGGAUUCCGUUGUUGAGUGCCGCGUAUCAAAUUUUUUGGGAGAAGAACAUGAUAAAGCAUACAUCACAAUUCGUCCGCGUUCCAAAGAAUGGGUACUGAAAGACGGGGUCGCCAGUGGCCCUCACUGUCAACCUUAUAAACAAUCGUUGAAUAGAUCGUCCAUCUGUCUGUCAUACCUGAGCGAGGUGGCUGAGUCCUUUGGCGGAAGUCCUUACUUGAUCGCACGAUACCGUCUCUAUGAUUCCGAUCAGACUGAUAUGGCGUUAGCCAAUCUGUUUAGUGUCUGGGACCAGUUGCUGCUGGACAAACAAUUCGGCCCUAACCCAAUUACCACAACACCGCAUGGAAACAUUUCGGAGAACCUGCAGCUGUCCUUCACCUCGUGGCGUUGUGUAGACUGGGCCAAACGUUUGACUUGCACGCUUGCAUAUCCACGAUGUCACAGUCUGGCGAAUUUCCCAUCGGAAUUGAAGCGCCCAAACCAGUUUUAUGUGGAGUCCCCCGUUUGUCGUCAAGACUGCCUAGCUGUGACAGGGUUAUUCUGUCUGGCUCCACUGGAGGCCGCAAUAAACACACCUGCGUUAGCACCCCUGUUACGUGGAACACUCUCUAGUGAGCAAGAUGGCGAGGUGACCGGCUGGGACCAACUGCUGGAAGCAGCACAGGCGCAACUUCGAUCCCUUCCAAGCUCAUUGGCCCAAUUUCGUGAAGGACGCUCGGAUUUGAAUGUGAUCAAAAUCUGUAACCAAACGCCAUCAAUAGACACGCUCAACGAUUGUACUAAGUUACCUUUGGACAGGCAGUUCCCCGCACCCAGAUCCUUCCAACAAACAGCGUUUUCCGUAGAAAACCCUGUUGAUCGGUCUACAAAACAAUGCAUUGCUGGUAGCGGACUUAACUACCGAGGGACUGCUACGAAUUCGGCGUGCCUUGCUUGGGAUGCUGUUGUUGGUCAACCUUCUGUGUCCGACAACGGGCAAAUUUCGACGUGGCCUGGUUUAUUCGCACUUACGCCACAAUCAUUUCCUUCGAAUUUGGACGACGAAGCCAGGUCGGCGUCGGUUUGCCGCAACCCAGCCGGUUUGGCUCCAUAUCCAUUCUGCCUCACUUUAUUGUCACCGAAUGGAAGCACAUCUAAGGAUGUCACUCCAACUUGGAGAGUGGCACUUUGUACUGGCAUACCGCAGUGCUCACCAACAAAUGCCUCUGGUCCGCUCAAUACAGUGACCGUAGCCCCAGAUGCCGUUGCCACUGCAUUACUCAGCGCAACUCAAAUACAGGUGAUUGUUGCAUGUGUCCUCGUCACGUGUUUGUUCUGCUUCAUCUUGAUCGUCUAUGUCGUGUGGCGUACAAAUCGUUGUGGCAUCCGUUCGCUGUCGAGCUCGAGCCUAUGUCUUUCUGCUUUGGAGUUUACGGAUUUCGAUUCAGGAAAGGGCAAGUCACAAGUAGAUACGGAAACAACAGCUGACAAACCGCCCCGUAUGUGUCACCGGAUUUCCGAUAGCCUCUCUGAGCAGAUGUACGUGCAGCACAGGCUGCUGUGGAUCAAACGACGCCGUAAAUUACGCCAUCUAAGCGGUCCGUUUCAGUGCAUACUAGGUUGUUGGUAUGUGACUGUCGAUUGUUUAACAUGUAAAAGAAAACCUGAACCUCACCCUGCUGUGGUUGUCGUUAGUCCUUCUGGUGAGCAAACCAUACGCCCAUGCAGUUCCCCCAGGCCGUCCACAUUAGACGGUCGUUUCAAAUCCCACAAACCGGGUCAUGGAUGGUGUCCACUUUUCAGGCGAAUAUUAACCAUCAAACGUCAUAACGACUGGAAGACCAACAAUCACACCGACAGCGCAAAAGCUUGUUCGAGGAUUCGCCGCUUGGGUGUCCCACUUCAAAACGGAGAAGAUGAUGAGUUCGAGGAAAAUACUCUAGGUUUACAGCUGCAUAAAUCGGUGGCCUAUGUCGCCAACGCAACGAGCUCAUCUCGUAAGCAAUCUGGGACGACCACUUUAUCGCAGGGUCCCUGUAUCAACUGUGGUACAGUCGAACAGCUUUCGUGUAAUUUGUGUAACGCAUGCCAGACUGGGCUCCCCGCAGUGGAGGCAGCCGGUUGGGCUUCCGAUCCUCGCUCGAACCAGUCACAAUUGUGCACAAGUGCUGAGCUUAUUCCGCUCACUUGCGGUGGACAGGACCCCGGAUGUUCACUGACAGAAUCCUCUCUGCGUGCAAUUACUUCUGGUCCUGCCGACCUAGGAUGGAAUGUGACGCUGGAGAAACUUUUCAACAUGGCCUCCAUGACACACUUGUUGCACCCAAAGUUGAAACAAGUAUGCUAUCCUCGAAACAAACUGAUCGAACUCCAGCGCUUAGCCAAACGGGCUUUUGGCUGGAUUAUCCUGGCGAAUGCACCAAACUUACACACUCUGGUUCGCCGACAUCGCUUGCUGAGUGUGACUUCUGCAGAGCAACUGGGGCUUGGUGUGGCCUCUGACAGGAAUAAUGCUGACCAGGGAUCUGCAGAUUCUACAUCCGAGGAGUUCGCGCAAAACCCGUUGGUUGUUAUCAAGAUGCUAGCAAACGACGCAAGUCUAGAGACCGAGGCAAACUUCCUACGAGAAGCCGAAGUCCUUAUUGAACUUUCACAUAAAAAUAUAAUCCAGCUUUUAGGUGUUUGUCUUCCUUUGAAACCGCUUUCGUUGCUCCUGGAAUAUAUGCCUUUUGGAGAUUUGACCACUUUUCUUAAACACUACGAACAGUCCAACGGUGACAGUCGGAUAUUUCCACAACACAUGACCCCGACUCUUUUGAGUGCUAUGAAUGGUGAGGUCAUCUCUCGUACUCAUAAUCGGGGUGAGAUGACUCGCCCAACUUCAGCAGAUCUGCGUGCCAUGCAUAAACAGACUUGGCUUCCUCCAAUUAAACUGACAUCCCUGAACCUUUUGGAAAUGGCUUUGGAUGCCUGCGACGCAAUGGUCUACCUGAGUGAUAAUUACUAUGUUCACAGAGAUGUCGCCACUCGAAGCUUUUUGGUAGGAAACAAGAUGAUCGUCAAACUUGCCGACUUCUCCAUGUGCCGCCCAGUACAGCCUGGGGUCGAUUACGUUGCCGUUCAGGGCGUGUUUUUACCGGUCAAGUGGCUCCCCCUUGAGUCAAUACUGGAAGGCUUGUUCCAGGUGGACACAGACGUUUGGUCAUUUGGCGUAUUUCUGUGGGAAUUGUUCACCUACGCUUCCGAGCCGUAUCCGGACUUAAGCCACGAACAAGUCAUCACUUUCUUGGAAAAUGGUGGUCGACUCUCCUGUCCUGUCAGUUGUCCGGAUACCGUGUACAAUCUUAUGCUAUCAUGCUGGGACUCUCAAAGGACCCAGCGCCCGACAUUCCCGAAUAUACGGUGUCGACUUCACGGAAUCCUCACGGAACUGUGCAAUCCCAGUUGACGGAGACUGUUCGGAUAUAGCUGCCAUUUCGAUCUCGGUAAUCUAGCAUUCCAUCCGCCGGUUCUACUUGAUAAGCUAGUGUCGCAUUCUGAACCCAGUUACACCGUUUUCCUCAAGCCCAGUGCAUGCCCUUUGCGAGACAUCAAGUUUUCAGUUUGUCCUUCUUGGAAAUUUCCCGGUGUUCUUUGGACGACAAAACACUGUUUCAUCCCCCACCCCACGUCACAAACUUGAAAACCCUGUACAGUAUAAUCUUCCAUCCUGUUCAUCUACAUUGAAUAUUCGGACCAGCUUAGGUUUCUACUCAAUACAUAUUUUUUGGCAUUUUUUCUGCAUGUGCCUCAGCGUUUCAUGAUAAGCCUCUGCGGUAAUUUGGUCAAAAUGCAAAUCCCUGAACGUUUGAGGAGUCUUGUGUUUGACUACAAAUAACGCACUUUUCAUUCCUGGUCUCUGAGUCUCAUGUGAUCCCCAGGAGGUUCGUCGUUACAGCAGCACUGGAGUUCCCACAGUAGAAGGCCGACAGCGGAACCCUGUUCUGCCUUGUACAGCUCAACUCACUGAUCCAUUUCAAGUGAAGCUUGUCUCUUAU